UUUAAAUCAAUCAAUCUGUGGAUAUGGAUAACAAAGAAUCCUGUUUAAAGAUCAAUACAUCUGUUGAGUUUAUUGCUGGUUUUAAUAACAUGUCACAUCUUCCAGGCUUUGAUCUGGGAGAAAGCUUUGCUCUGAGACAUGCGCUUUGCGAAGGUGAUAAAACCUGUUUCAAGUUGGGAAGCACGCUUCUUAUCAGAGACACUGUUAAGAUAUUUCCCAAAGGUCUUCCAGAGGAAUACUCUGUAGCCGUCAUGUUUCGGGUACGAAGAAGCACUAAAAAGGAAAGGUGGAUUUUAUGGAAGAUUUUAAACCAGCAGAAUAUGCCCCAGAUAUCUGUAGUGAUCGAUGGUACGAAGAAGGUGGUAGAGUUUAUGUUCCGGGGUGCCGAGGGAGAUCUGCUGAACUAUGUUUUUAAGAACCGAGAACUCCGUCCUCUCUUUGAUCGUCAAUGGCAUAAACUUGGCAUUGGCGUGCAACCCCGAGUCCUUUCUCUCUAUAUGGAUUGUAAUUUAAUUGCGAGUCGUCACACAGAAGAAAGGGACUCUGUGGAUUUUCACGGAAGGACAGUUAUUGCCGCACGAGCUUCAGAUGGCAAACCCGUGGAUAUUGAGCUUCACCAACUCAGAAUCUACUGCAAUGCAAGCUUCCUAGCUGGAGAAUCGUGUUGCAACCUAUUGCCUACUAAGUGUCCAGAGCAAGAAGACUUUGGAAGUACCACUUCAUCCUGGGUGACCUCUCACACUGGUAAAACAUCUUCAUAUCUGCCAGGAAAGCAGGAAAUUAAAGAUGCAUGCCAGUGCAUUCCAAACAAGGAGGAAGCAGGAACUCUGGGAUCUUUUGGACAUAAAGGCGACAAAGGCGAGCCGGGUGAAAAUGGCUUACAUGGAACUCCAGGAUUACCUGGUCAAAAGGGAGAACAAGGACUCGAAGGCAUCAAAGGAGACACUGGUGAAAAGCAUCACAUUCCCAACAUCAGCAUCAGUAGCAUCACUACCACCAUCUUCACCAUCAUCAUCCUCUCCAUCACCAUCCUCACCAUCCUCACCAUCCUCACCAACAUUACCAUUGUCACAAACACCCAUCUCCCUUUGCCCUUCUUGUAA